GUACUAGAAAGGCAAGUACCGUAGUACGGAUGAUGGCACAACGAAGACACGUAAAAGUAAAAUCGCCCAAUGGCUUCCUGCUUGUCGUCAUGUUUUUCUAGGCGACCUGUGAACUACAUAAGUUAGUUGCGCAAACAGACCAUGCCGCGCGGGAGCAAGUGCAAGCAACAGCAGUCGCUUUUAAGUUCCCGAUAUUUUACUACCAUGCUUUUGCUUCUAAGUCCGACUACAAUGCACGCGACCUGAGCUGCCGCGAGGCCCUACUAGCGUUGGGGGAAUCAUAAGUGGUUAGACAUGGCGCAACAAGGCGUAGUCGCAAACGGCGGCACGACCGCGUCAGGCCCAGGCACAAGAAUGUUGACCCGAACACGCACAGCGUCGUCCCACCAAUCACAGCAAGGUGCCUCUUCAUCCUCCUCCUCCACGGGAAGGUCGAUGCAACGGGAGAGUAGCGUGCGCGCUCUCUGCGGUGUGCAGGUCAGCAACCUGCUGAAUAUCGUCCGGGGGAACAGAAAAUUCCAAGAGGCGCUGGUCUUACCGCCAUGGGAGGAGCAGGAUGGACUGUGCAAACUGCUCAACCACUUGCGGCACAAGCUCGCCACGGGCGACCACGUCACGGACGCGGAACUGUUCUACCCCUUUCUGCAGGUCAUCCGCGCCAAAGAAGUUGCAGGGCCAGCGACGGGGAAGGCCCUCGAGGGCGUUUUGAACAUGCUGCGAUCACACGCAUGGGACCCCUCGAUUCUGCGACAGGUGGCGGAAGGCGUGGAGCAGUGCAAGUUCGAAGAAACGUCGAGGGUACUGUAAAGGACUACGGUUUUUGUACCUGGGGUAAUAAUACUUGUGAUAAAUGAAACUGUGAGCAGCCUGAACUUUUUUCGGCGCUUGACGUGAGAAAGUCGAUCUGAAUGUAGAAACAGCUUUUGCAGCCCUCAUUAUUGUCAUCUGACUUUGUUGAAAAAAAAUUUUUUUGGCCUUGCAGGGUCUUCACCGUGCAACUUUGUUUUCGCUUUACAUACAGGAUCACGACGAGACCGUGCUGUACCUGGCCAUCGAGGCGUUUCGCGUUUGCGUCGACCCAGCGAAGCACACGUCGGCCCCGGCGAACAGGAGCGCCGUGUGCGAGUUGGUGUUCGAACACCUGCUGACCCGAUUUCACGCCGAUGCCACGGGCGACGCUGCUACCUCCUCCGCAUCUUCGCGUAAUCGUGUUAGCGUUAUCCUCCGACAGGCAUCGCUGAGACUGCUGCUAGAUAUCGUGACGGAGUACGCGUCGCCUGAAUUCAUUCCUUUCAUGGUGCGAUGGGGCGUCAGCUUUCUCACCAGCGGGAAAGACUCGGUCGCGACCGACGAAAGUCGAAUGUCGAUCGCUGCCGCAGCAAUCAGAACCGGAAUCGAGCACGACUACUGGGCAUCGAGUAGGACGAGCGGCGAUGAGGAAGAGACUGGUUUUUUGAAUGUUGCGAUGUUUUUCCGCUUUCCUUUUCAUAUGUUCCUGAUUAGAUUCGGUUUUUGAUAUGCUGCUUCUCUUGUAAGCGUUGUACGUUUCACUUUCAUCUCUAUCGGGACGAAGAGACUUGCAGCUUAUUCCAAUGUAUCAACACCAACAGACGCCAGCGCAGCUGUGUUCGUCGACGCAGCCAGCCGAGAGGCGUACAUGGUCCAGAUUCCCUUUGGCAUUCUCAAUGCGCUGUACAAGCACCGGUCUGCGGCGAUCCUGUGCACCUUGUUGCCCCUCGUCAACCGACUGCUCGGGAUUGCCAUGACCCGAGGGAACGCGCUGUGGGUCGAAGCCAUCACCGUGGGCUGCUACCUCAGGUUGAUUCAGGAUCACCAGAAAGCCGUUGCCUACAACGCGGAGAAAGCCGCUGCCGCGGCCUCCGGCACCGGGGUCGUACCGACGACCAGUGUGGCGCAGCAGGGGGUCUUGCUGAAUUCCGAUGCCUUGGUGGUGUUGCUGGAGCACUUGGAGGAGGCAUUUUCCGCGAACCCGGGCAUUCCUGCGGUGCUACACUCCAUCUCCGAUGCUUGCUACUACAAACAGCAGUCCUGUCUCGAGCUCUGCAAAAGCCUUGCUAGUCUCUGCAGCACGCUGGACACGGUCACCCUCACCGGCCAGCGAAGUCAACGACUGUACUUCAUUCUGCGCUUCUUUUUCUGAUGAACAAGUUUUAGUUUAUUCGCUUUUUUUCUAGUACUAGUUUUUUUCGAAACGCGGGCAAAGGCAAGCAAAAACACCUGUUUCGUUGAGUUAUUCCUGGCGGUCUCGAAAAAAGCAUUGAAUAAAUGAUUGUCGCGACCGCAUUCGUUUCUCCCCAGGUCUCGCGCAGCCGGCUUUGCCGUCAUGGGUCUGUACUACAUUCUGAAGGCCCACGCCGAGCUACCAACACAGGUCGAAGUGGAUCGGCGAAGAGAAGUGUUGCUGGGCUGCAUCAAAAAAUUUGAGGAGAAACCUAAAAAAGCACGAGCCAUCUUCGAACCAGUUUUGGCUUUUCUCCCAGACGUCCCCGCUCCACCACACGCAAAAACCGAAGACCUCCCGGAGGUCUACGAGGAGUGGGCGGUACGGAUACUUAUUCUAGCAUUUUGAAGAUCAUGAUCAUUCACGUAGACGUCCUUUCGUCCUCAUACAGCUUUGCAGUGUAGGCGUAAUUGGGCCCCUGAGACAAAGAAGCUUCAGAGGAAACGAAAAAACAUCAAUACUAUCUCAGGUCAAACUUUCCUGGCUGUUCAAGAACUCGCCUUUGAUGCCGUUUGAAGCCGUGGGCGAGUUUUUCGGCGGCAAUAACCCGGACUCCACGCACUGCUACGCGGUUUUCUGUGCCCAGUUCGACAUGGCCGACAUGGGGCUGGACGUUGCCAUGCGGAUUCUGUUGCAAACCUUCCGCCUUCCGAAGGAGGCACAGCAAAUCGAUCGACUGAUGAAGAUCUUUUCGCACACGUUCUACGCGCGGAAUCACAGCGAGGACAAUGAAGAUGUUGGCGCUUCUGAUAGCACCACCACCACUGCUGCAGCGACGUCUACUGAAGGCGGCGAGGACGACACGACCUCGGCAGCAGCAGGCCAGCAGAAGAACAAGCCCAAGGGUUUUUACAACGCAGCGGAUGCGUGCUUCACGCUUGCGUUCUCCGUGAUCAUGCUGAACGUGGACCAGUACAAUCCGCAAGUGAAAAACCGCAUGGAGCAGAAGGAUUUCGUGCGAAACCUGCGAAAAUGCAACGAGAACGAGGACUUCGACGAGGACCUGCUGAAGGGGAUUUUCAACCGCAUCCGCGAGUCAGAAAUCCGCACUCCGGAGACGGGCGGCUUCGAUUCGGAGCUGAUGGCGGGCCGCUGGAUGCACAUCUUUACCAAGGACGACUUGAAUUAUCCGCAGAAAGCCGCGGGGACCUCCGACAGCAGAGACAGUGCCGUUUCGAGCAAUGCGCCGUCGCAGUCGCCGAGCAAACGCGCAGUUGUGCCGGACGAGGACGAGUACUCGAAUGGAGUAAACACGGUUGCCGCCGCGAUGAGGCUGAAGUCUUGCUGGCCGAAGCUGAAGCCGCUGUACCGGUUGGGGUUUUUGAACUACUGCGGCAAAGACAUUUUCGAGGCACUGGUCCGGGUGCUGAACCUGGAUCGGCUGGCCGCCUCGCCGGCGUUUAGCUGCGUCGAGAGCUUGUGGCGGUUGGAAGAUUUGGACGAUCGCUGGAACGACCACUCGAAGCCGAGCAGCUGCGUGCAACUGUUGUUUUCCGAGGGGGUGCAGGUCUUCCGAAAUAACGCCAUUCCCGGGGACUUGAACCUUUCCUCCGGCGCCGCCAAGACGCAGGCGGAGCAGCUGUUGGCGUGGAACCGGCGGCCGAUCAAGUGUUUGCGGGUCUUGUUCAACUUCGUCGCCUUGAACCCGAACCGGAUGGUGCAAGACUCGUCGUUCGUCGUGGUUUGCAUCCUGUUCGCCCUGUAUUCCUGCUGGGAGGAGCCGCAAAUACCGCUCUACGACCCCAUGCUGAUUCCCGCGGGCAGCAAGGCCAGGCGACGGGCGUCGUUGAUGGGAGAUGUCGGCAGUGGAGAAGCUCUAGCACAGCCUUCCACUCCCCAGAACACGGUCGAAUCCGUCCCGCCAUCACCGGGCAACGCAGGCGAGGGCGGCCCGGACGAGGAGCCGUCGCACUACGUGCUGCACGAAGAGGACAUCCGCGCCAUCGCCGACCUGCCGGUGCACCACACCGUGUGGGACACGUUCUUCGGCGUUGGCAGGGGCCGCUUCCCCCUGGUCACCAUAACGGAACAGAAAACCGGCACGGGGUGGAUGUUCGAGAAGGUGAGCGCGAUGCUAUCCGUUAUGGGCGAAGAGGAGGCGAACGGCGACGAUCUGAGCGCCGAAUCUGAAGCGGACUUCAGCAGUUUGUCAGCCAUUCGUAGCGCGGGCGGUGUCGGCUCCGGCACACCGACCGGCGCGCGGCUGGCGAGGGAAGCCGCCAGCCCGGGCAUCGUGCCGGAGAAGCGAUCGGUGGCGGAGCCCUCGCCGCCGGCCGCGGCGGACGACGACGUCUCGACGAACGCCUCCACCGCUGCCGCCGCAGCGGCGCCAGCCGACGGCGCCACGCCUGCAGUCAACAGUUCUUCAGCGACAGCGACCCCCAUGUCCCUCCCCGUCGAGCCGCAGCCACCCCAGCGAACGACCACCCCCCAGGCGUUCAAGGGCGAGCGCAAAACGCGAAAGACCGUAGCGACAAACGCGAAGCCGCCCGACCCGCUUCGGCCCAUCGUGGAGAGAGCGUUUCACAAGUGCGACCCAUUCAACGUGUUCGCAAAAUUGAACGCGCGACAACUCAAUCUUCUCUCCACGAGCAUCUUCCUCGCGAUGCUCCACACGUGGCGAGGCCAGUCUGGCGCGGCCGACGGCGCUGGCGUUGCACAGGCGUCUCCCGUUUUGCCAGCGAACCCCGGGGGAGACGUCACGGUGCGGCCGUUCCAGCCGCCGGCAAGCCUGUCGACGGUGACGAUCGGUGACGGCUUUGAGGUGUUGCGCUUCGCGCUGCGGCUCUGCGCGAAGGUCGCACACUGUCCGAUUCCGCAGCUGCGGUCCGCCGGGAAGGCGGUGCUAGAAACAAUCCUGUGCUCCGCGAGCAGCAGCGUACCGGGACCCGGAACUGGAGCGGCUGCAGGUAAAUUUGCAUCGUUCAACAUGUUGGUUACGAUCGCGAUUCUCAAUCAAAGUCGCACGCUUGUUUAUCGUACUAGUUAGUACUUAUAUAAAUCCUGUUAUUUGUCCUCGCAUCACAUUCACAGGCACUUCCUCCGUCAUUGUCGCUGGCGGAGACAAGAUUUCGGUCCGCACCGCCGCUCUCGCUUUGGUCGCGGUUUUCCGCUUUAAGGACCUGUGGGGGCGCAAUUCCGUUGCGGAAAUUUUGUCGCAGUUCUUGGAGCGGGUCGAGGUUGAGCGCAAACUGUUCGUGCAGCUUUCCAUGGUCGCGUGCAACGCAGUGCACUGCUUCUUCAGCAGCGUGAAACACGACGAGAUCCACACACUUUUCCAAACCAGCGAGGAAGUCCUUCUGGUGUUCCGCCUCCUCCGCGCGGGGUAUCCGUCGAAGCAAAACGGUGGUGACAAACUGAUGGAAACGCGAGGCUUGAAGAUCGAGAAAAUCGUUGAGACCAUGAUGCUCUUGUUCCACCCGACGAUACUACCGGUGCUGGGCUUGCAGCCCUACGCCCAGUGCCUCGGCGAAAUCCCAGCGGAGUCACCGGAGCACAUGUGUCGGCUGCUGCUCGCGAUGCUGCGCAUGCUCUCCAACAGCGGGACCAAAGUCGCGUCGGCAGUGCCGACCCCAACGAACAAAACCGCACUUGCCGCAGGCGGACCAUCCUCCAUUUCCGGAUCAACCUCUAGUACCGUGGCAGCAAAUUCAUUGUCCGGAAGCGCCCCACCAGGCACCCCCACGUCCUCCGCACAACAAGGCGCAACAGGAAGUACUAGCGGUCCAAACAUCGAGGUGUUAGCGCAGAUUUGGUGCCGCACACUGAUUGCUUUGUGUCAGAAUAUGGCGCAGCUCUGGCUGACGCUGAAGCAGAUGACGCCCGCGCCUGGCAGUCAGCAGGCGGUGCAGGGAUUUUUCCAGUUGUUGAUCGACCUGCAAGAGGUGGUUUUGUCCGAAACGGUGUCCCGACUUUACACCCCCUACGUGGGCAUCCAGGUGGUGGAAAAACUGGUCGCGUUUCUCACCAGUUGCGCAACGCAGCAGGCCGCCCCGAAGAACCUGAGCACUCUGGCGCUGAACAUCGCCUCGAAGUUCUUUUUGCUGAACCUGAAGCACCUGCAGCACCAGCCGCGUUUUGACCAGGCCUGGUUGAUGGUCUUGCGGCUGAUUCUGGUUCUCCACAAACAGGGGCGAGACACCCGGGACGAGGUGCUCGCAGAGCUGACGCUGGAAACGCUGAAGAACGUGAUCCGCGUGUUGCUCGAGGGGGAGUUGUUAAUGUUUACCACGACACCCCCGGGCAGCGGUCAAGAAGGUGGCACAAGUAGCAAAAGUGGGGGAAAUAACGAGCAAGUCUGGUGGCGCGUGACGUGGGAGAACAUCGAAAACCUGUGUCCGGGGUUCCGCACCCAAUUGCAAGAAGAACAGCGGUCCUACGAGGAGCACGUGAGCAAGAAGCGUGAAAGUAGUCAAGAUCAGGCACGGAAUUUGCGCACGGAGCAAGCCGGCGGCGCGCAAUCUUCCACCUCCGCGCCACCGGCUGUGAUGGCACAGGCUGAGCUGCACCAGCAGGUUGCACCUGCUCAAGGGAGCAGUGCUCCCCCAGCGCCGGUGCCAAGUCCAGGACACCAGCCAGCGACCCAACCGCAGCAGCCGCCCCAGAUGAACUCGCUAGUCGGGUUCGUCCCGCCGGAGAGGGCAGUCGUCCCGCCCGGCGUUGCGGUCCCAGCACCUCAGCAAUCACAUGCGCACCAGCCCGCGCCGCCUGGGACGACGUCGAGAGGAGGUGGACCACAAGGUCCGCCGCCACCGGGGUCCCCGAAGCAGGGAAUAGUAAGCGGCUCAGGGGUGCAUGUGCCGAGGCCGCCGAGCAAGUCACAACCAGCGAGCGCCGCAGACAGCUUCGUCGUGGUUCCCCGCAGUCUAGAGGUACCGGUUCCGGGCAACGGAGCGGGCGCGCCGCGAGAGGGCAGCCACUCUGACAGCGAUCCGGGCCUGUUUCGAGGUGCUGGUCAGGCUCCACAACCCCCGCAUCACUACGCUACUGGCGGCUCCGCGUCAGAGUCAGACGCGUCAAUGUUGACCGUAGAGGUAGAAGAGGAAUACAAUGUGGUGCCGAAAGUAAACAACACCGGCCAGGAUGGCGCUCCCGAUCUCACAUGAUGAGUGAUGAACGUAAACAUAAGGGGUCAUCUGGGAGCAUGCACCAUCAGCAUCUGAAGAUGUUGGUCGUGGAUACUAACUCUGGAUCGCGACACCAGUAGUACCAGUAGCGAAUGAUAAACAAAACAGCGACUCCUGCGACACGCACGACAACAAUGGAUAGAUAUUGACUCGGUAUCCCCGGGCAAAGAACGCCCGCCAGUAUGCUGGCGAGCUGCACGACGGCGCACAGGUAGUACAUAUCUUCGAAGAAGUAGCUUUUCUUCCGCAAAAAAAGUACAAGAGCAAAUCGUUGUUCUCCUGACGUAAAGGCACUGCC